GUGACACCAUAAAAGUAGAAGCAGUAAAAAUGGAAUUUACUGCUUAACGUAGCCUACGUGCAAACUGAACAUUGUACUUAGCGCAAUGCGAAGACUCAACUUCUUUAGUCGAAUCUGAGGAAUUUUUUUUAAACGUGUAGCAUUCCGGAACUUCGAAACCAGUCAGAUAAAACUGAGCAUUUGUUUCUGUUAACGCAACGAACACUUGCAACUAACUGAACAGCCUCUGCAACCAAGGUCUACACUUCGCAGAAUUACAGAAAGGAAAACAUCGUUGAAUCACGAAUGUUUGAAUGAGUGAUGAGGAAUAAGUGUGGAGUCGUGCUGCAACGUCAUUUAUUACAGGAGAAAACACAUCCUGAGCUAGGUGCGCUCACCCAUAUGAAUCUGUUCCUAGACUAGACAGGUGAUACUUGUGGGUGGGGAAACCACAAAGAAACAGCUACAGGGGAUGCGAAAAUGUCAUCAUCAUAUAUUUCAAGAUUAGAACUGUUUAAUAGGUCACUCCACCUUUGCAAAACCGACCCAGUGUGUGACCACACACUUUUGAGGUAUCACAACAUCACCAGCCUGGACAAUGUGAACCUCCCGGGGGACGGCUCUCCGUUGAUCCGUGGCAUCAUCUCCAUGGUGUUCUUCAUUGUGUGUGUCCUGGGGAUGAUGGGUAAUAUGACAGUGCUGUACCUUCUGCACUGCAGCAGGAGCACAACCAAGAGCACCAUCAAUUUCUUUGUCUUCAAUCUGGCUGUUGCUGACCUGCUGUUCUCGAUGGUGCAGCCGUUCUGGGCUGUGGAUGUGGCUCUGGACUUCAGCUGGCCCUUCGGGUGGUGCAUGUGCAAAGUGGUUUCUCUGCUGACAGCUGUCAAUGUGUAUGCCAGCAUCUUCUUCAUGACAGCCAUGAGUGUGACUCGCUACCGAGUGGUGGCCACCGCUCUCAAGCCGAUGAGACCCCAAUGCCAGAGGAUGUGCAUGCUGAGGCUUGUCACCUGCCUGAUCUGGGCUGGGGCCUUGCUAGUUGCUGCCCCCAGCGUUGUUUUCUCCUCCGUGGCUGAUGUGGGCGGGGACAAACUCUGCCUCCUCCGUUUCCCAGAGGGCACCUUCUGGUUGGCCAUACAUCACCUCCUCAGAUUCGUCCUGGGCUUCCUGCUUCCCUGCACCAUCCUCAUUGUCUCCUAUCUCCUUCUGCUCUGCUUCAUUUGCAACCACAGCCUGAGAGGGGUCAACCCUCACCGCAAGGCACGCGUGUCCAACUCGGUGGCUGUGGUGGUCCUGUCCUUCUGUGUGUGCUGGUUCCCCUACAACAUCAUUACAUUUUGGGGCAUCCUGAUCAAGCUGGACGUGCUUGAGUGGACGUCCUCCUACUAUACAACCCACACUUAUGUCUUUCCCCUGGCCACCUGCUUGGCCCACAGCAACACCUGUAUGAACCCUGUCAUCUACUGCCUGAUGCGCAAGGAGUUCCGCACAGCACUGAGGCAAACGUUCUGGCAGUCGUGUCUAUGCAAAGUCUGUCUGGCAGGGGUAAGCUACAGUGACGUUAAGACUCGGCAGAGCAAAAUCACCAUUCAGCUCAAGAAAAUGAAAAGCCAGACUGUACAGUCCUACACAAAGAGGUCCUUACUUUCCUCUACCACUCUCUCUGUAAUCCCUACCCUUAAAUAUUCUGGCCCUUUAACUGACAUAAGAGAUAAAGAAAAUCCAGUAUAGGGUACACUGUCUUUCAUCAGCCUAUUUUAAGUUAAUACAAAACUACUUUAAACAGAUGACCCCAAUGUUAUCUCUCUCUCUCUCUCUCUCUCUCUCUGUAUAUAUAUAUGUGCGUGUGUGUAUGUGUGAAUGCAUGAAUAUGUGAAACAAUGAAAAAAUUUGAUAUAUACAUUUUAAAUUACUGGGAGCUGAUAUCCAUGGAAUAUCCGACUGUACAGUAUUCACAAAUAAUAAUUUAAAUGGGGAUCAUGAAAUAUUAUGAAAAGAGGGUUUUGCUUUGCAAAUAGAUCUUCAUUGUCACAGAUUACAGCUGCCUUAAAAUGACUCCUAAGGACAUGGGUUUGUACUGCUAGUGACAUGUGACAUUUUCACAUUUCACAUAUUACAUCAGGAGGAGGAGGUCAUGCUUCCUUUAACCUGUCUUUAAUGUUAUCUGUUCUCUGUACCUUUGGUUAUUUUUUGCCACAUGUUCUCUCUGAAAUGUAAUUUGCGAAUUAUUGACACAGCAGUAUUGUUAACUCUUAUCACAGGUCAAUAUGUCUGGAGGAAACAUUUACAAAAAGAAGUAAUUGUUUUGUUGUGUCUGAGUUAACUAUAGUGAAACAGGGGUGUGCCUUGGUACCAUCGUUUGACCUGUAUAAAGAUACAGGCUUACAAUCCCUUUAUUUUCAUUGUUUGUCAUUGCUAUGGAGACAGGGCAAAGUUCUGCUGUUAAACCCAGCUUGGAGUCAUAUACAGCUGUAGCUACUCAAAGAAUGUUCAGUUAUAUUUUACAGCCUGCAGUAAGUUUUAUUUUUUUGUGGAUGAGUUACUUCAUGCAGAGUUCAUUGUUGCUGUUAAUGUUUUAAGAACUUUGGUAGUCUGUAUGCUUUGUUACUGAAUACUGCUUGGCAGUUUGCUAGGUGUUGUUUGUUUUCUGUACUGUACAUUACAUAAAUAGUACAUACAUUUGUGAAAAUUUUGUAACAUUUGUGAAAGUAUAUUAAUCUCUAUCUGCUUUGCAUUUGAAGUAUAUACUUUGUC